UAGAAAAAAAUUUGUUUAAUUGAGAAAUGAGUGAUUCUGAAGCAGAAAGCAUGCCUUUCGAAAUAGAAGAAGCGGCUGGAAAUGCAGUGUCUUCAUUGUGGCCUGAUAAAUCAAAAAUCAAAUACGAAAAUUUCUAUAAAGGGUUCACUGACUGGUGUGCAUCCAAGAAAAUAGAUAAUGAAGUAAGAGAGAAGGUGCUGUUGGCAUUUUUUGAAGAUUUGCCCAAAAAUUAUAAGUCCAGCAAUCUUUGGGCGUUUUAUUCUAUGUUGCGGGUCACAAUCUCCAUGCGACAAAAUGUGGACAUCAGUAAAUUUAAUAAUUUAAUUGCUUUUUUGAAAAAGCGGUCAGUAGGCUACAAGCCGAAAAAAUCAAGGAUAUUAAGAGAGGAUGUUUCAACAUUUUUGCAAGAAGCGACAGAUAAAGAUUUCUUGUUAAUAAAGGUUGCGUUGAUAGUUGGAUUUGGAGGAGCUUGCAAAAUAGAUGAAUUAACUAACCUACAGUUAGAAAACGUGAAACAUGAGGGAUAG